CACCCCAACAGCCAUCACGUAUCAGAACAGGAAAAAAAAUAUAUUGGGGGAAAAUAAUAAUACCGACUCACGGCACACCCCAGCUCCCCUACAGCAAUUAUCAUAACAUAAUCAAUCUCGCCAUUGAGAGAGAGUGAGAGCGAAAGAUAGCACAAAAGAGAUCAUGAGCGCCGGCAUUCUCGAUAUGCGGCGCAUGCCUCCACGCGCCGUGCCUCCACCACCGCCCUCUGCCUCUGCUGCUGCUGCCGCUGCCGCUUUGCCACAUGUUCCGCCGCACCAGACUCCUGUUGCUAUCCCCGUCGCGGAUCAUCCAGGAGGACUUUCACUGCCUCAUGAAAAUGCCGAUUGCGAUACGACGCGCAAGUGGAUCAUCGACCUGCUCGUGCACCCGGACAAUGGCUACUCGGAAGAAGAGGCCAAGGCGACCGCGGACAAACAUCGCGGACGGUUUCGCGUCAUGACCAUCCUGACCUUGGAAAAGAAACAGUCUUUAUUCGGCAUUCUCGAAGGCGCGAUUAUCCACGAAGCAGUAACGCGCAAGGUAGAGGUAUGGACGCGCUGCAUCAUCCAGUCUUCUCUGUUUGUUUAAAAAAAUGACUUACCAUCCGCGCCACAAGAACAAUCUUCUCCUCCCAAAUUUACUCCUACUCUCCUUCCUCCUCCGCAGCUCCGCUAUCCAUCCCGCGAAGCUCUACUGCAAGCAGCACGCUCCUUCGCCGCGCGAAACGGCUACGCGAUCACCAUUGAACGGUCGCAUAC